AUGACCAUCCCUCUCUCCCUCUGGGUAGAUACUCUCUCUCUCCAUGUUGGCCUGAGAGGUAUAUUUCCUUCCUUACUCUUUUUUUCUGCUCUCUCCUCCUCCUCCUUACUCUUUUUUUCUGCUCUCUCCUCCUCCUCCUUACUCUUUUUUUCUGCUCUCCUCCUCCUCCUUACUCUUUUUUUCUCUGCUCUCCUCCUCCUCCUUACUCUUUUUUUUUCUGCUCUCUCCUCCUCCUCCUUACUCUUUUUUUCUGCUCUCUCCUCCUCCUCCUUACUCUUUUUUUCUGCUCUCUCCUCCUCCUCCUUACUCUUUUUUUCUGCUCUCUCCUCCUCCUCCUUACUCUUUUUUUCUGCUCUCUCCUCCUCCUCCUUACUCUUUUUUCUGCUCUCUUCUCCUCCUCCUUACUCUUUUUUUCUGCUCUCUCCUCCUCCUCCUUACUCUUUUUUUCUGCUCUCUCCUCCUCCUCACUCUUUUUUUCUGCUCUCUCCUCCUCCUCCACACUCUUUUUUUCUGCUCUCUCUCUCUCCUCCUCCACACUCUUUUUUUCUGCUCUCUCUCUCCUCCUCACUGUCCUUGUUAGACUUAGGUAAGUUUUCUCUCUUUCCCAUUCUGUCUCCUUUAGGCAUGUUUCAUUUCUCACCCUCAUAG